UUGACAUGCCUCAUGUUGCUUUUUAGUUUCAAAAUAAGGAUCCACAUGUUAUUUUCCUAGCUUAAAUCAUAAUAAAACUAACAGUUUAAUAUUAGAUUACUUAAACCACAUCUUCAGUACUGGGCCGAGGUAUAUUACAUAUUGUGAGAAGAUUUAUAUUUGUACUAAGUAAAUAAGAAUAAUAAUGGACGGGGAUGCAGAUGCCGCUCAAAUUCAAGUUCGAUUCGUCACAAAACAAGAACAAUAUGCGAUUCCAGACAGUCCAUUGGCUGUUCAAAGCAAUAUCCAGACAGCAGAACUAAGCACACUUGUUAAUGGCUUACUGACAGAAUCUAAUCAAUCCCAUAAAAAGAAUAUUGACUUUGAUUUUCUCAUUUAUGGCGAACUUUUACGUACCACUGUAGCUGAGCAUUUGCAAGAGAAGGGUGUAUCUACAGAAGAUACAUUGGAAAUUGAAUAUAUUGAAAGAUUUCCCGCUCCAAGUCCUCAAGACUGCUUGAUGCAUGAUGAUUGGGUGGCAGCUGUUGAUACUCAUGGGAGUUGGAUCCUGUCAGGGUGCUAUGACAACAGUGUCCACAUCUGGACAACUAAAGGGCAACACAAACUAGCAAUACCGGGUCACACUUCCCCUGUUAAAGCAGUUGCUUGGGUUGCAUUUAAUGGCGAUCAAGCAAUUUUUGUAAGUGGAUCUCAUGAUCAGUCAGCUAUUUUGUGGUCAUGGAAUGUUUCUGGUAACUCUGUGGAGAGUGUGGUGACAUGUCGGAGUCAUGAGAAGGGAAUUGAGUGUUUGGCUGUUUCUGCAGAUAGUAAACAAUUUGCAACUGGGGGCUGGGAUAAUAAUAUUUGUUUAUGGAGUGCAAGCUUAGCAGAAGAAGAUAAUGUGCCAGCUAAAAAGAAGAGUAAACCGGAACAAGGAAAAUCAAGGGAAGCCUUGACUACUCUUAAAGGACACAAGGAAGCUGUCUCCAGUGUGCAGUGGAUGGACUAUAACACUGUCCUAUCUGGGAGCUGGGAUCAUUUGAUUAAGAUUUGGGACUGCGAACUUGGUGCUAUCAAACAAGACAUCGCUGGUAACAAAGCUUUCUUCGACGCCGCGUGGUCGCCUCUAAGUAACAGCAUUAUUACGACAUCCGCAGAUAGACACAUACGUCUUUAUGAUCCAAGAUCUACAGACAGCCUAGUAAAGACAACAUUCACAUCGCACACGGGUUGGGUGCAAUCUGUUCGUUGGUCAACAACACAGGAAACAUUAUUCCUGUCGGCGGGUUACGACAAUCAAGUCAAAUUGUGGGAUACGAGGAGCCCCAAAACGCCGCUCUAUGACCUCACAGGUCACGAAGAUAAAGUGCUGUGUUGUAAUUGGUCGAAUCCCUCGCUUCUUAUCAGUGGCUCGUGUGAUAAUACGCUGAGGAUAUUUAAAGCGAAACAUGCGUUGAGCUAAAUUUGUGAUACGCAAAUACAUCUUUUAUUUGUGUACAAAUUUAAGCGGGAAUGACAUUCUUUGUAGCGAAUAUAUAACUGUAUAAGCAUUUCUUUGAUUGAUUUAUUUAGUCUGCGGCCCAUUUUAUAUGUCAAAGUGAUUUUUUAACAGUCUGUUUUUAAAUUUGAAACCAUAUCACAUGUUUUAAAGGAAUUUUUGUUACAAAUAGUCUUUUGUCUAAAGAGUGCAUCAGUUAACGAAUGUGAAAUUUGCGUUAUGUUUUAAGAUGUAUAAAAACCUGUAAUGGUAAUAAAUAUUCUGUUAGAAA